UUUCAUCAUAAGUUUUCUAUUGACCUAUUGGCUAUUAUUAUUAUUAUCCGUAGUGUCGCGAUUUGUUCUGUGCACGACCGGUUCUUACGGAAUACGACCUGUCAAUCUCGAAGUCGGGCGUCUAUUGAGUCUUUCAUCCGGUUCAGCAACGCUCUGUUGAAAAUUACUUCCUGGUACCGAUAGUAGUGUGAUUGUUCUGUAGUUCCCACACUUGUUCAUAUCUCCUUUCUUUGCUAUUCGUAAGAGUUAUCCUUCUUUCCAGUCCGUCUGUGGCACUUGUUCUUCCUCCCAAAUCUUCCCCAAUAGAACGCGGGUCAUCUUUGCAGUUACUUCUAGUUCUGACUUUAGUGCUCCGGCUGGUAUAUUGUUGGGUUAUGCUGCUUUUCCACUCUUGAUUUGUCUGAUGGCCAUCUUGAUUUCUUCGAUCGUUGGUGGAGUGACAUGUAUAGGAUGGUCUGUGUGUGCUGCUUCGAUAUCCGGUGGAUUCAAUGGAGCUGGCCUAUUGAAGAGUUCUUCAAAGCGUUCUACCCAUCUGUUCCUUUGUUCUUGGGUCUCAGUGAUUGGCUUGCCUUCUUUGUCCUUAACCGGUUUCUCUGAUUUACUAUAUUUACCUGCCAGCAACUCUCGAAGUGUGUGGAGCAUUUUCCCUUUCGUGAACGGAGUACAGCAACGUCUCUCUUGCAUCUAGCUUUCGC